UAUUAUAUAUUGAGGCCUUUUCAUCAUUGAUCCAUGUUCUUCAGCUCUGGUAACCUGCUGCUCUGGCCAUGGCGGAUGGAAGUCAAGCCAUCUUCUCUGCUCUUGAUAAUGCCAAGACUCAACUCUACCAUUUCAAGGCCAUUGUCAUAGCAGGGAUGGGGUUCUUCACUGAUGCUUAUGAUCUCUUUUGCAUCACUGCUGUCACAAAGCUAAUAGGCCGCCUGUAUUACUAUGAUCCCAUCAAGAAUGAGCCAGGGAAAUUGCCUACUAAUGUGGGUAAUGCCAUUACUGGUGUGGCCUUAUGUGGAACACUGGCUGGGCAACUCUUCUUUGGCUGGCUAGGUGACAAGCUUGGGAGGAAGCAUGUCUAUGGGAUCACUCUUGUCACCAUGGUGGGAUGUGCUGUGGCAUCAGGCCUUUCCUUUGGCUCCACAGCUCAUAGCGUCAUCGCUUCACUCUGCUUCUUCCGGUUCUGGCUGGGGUUUGGCAUUGGAGGGGAUUACCCCCUCUCUGCCGUCAUCAUGUCUGAGUAUGCUAAUCAAAAAACCCGAGGCGCUUUCAUUGCUGCAGUGUUUGCAAUGCAGGGGAUAGGCAUUUUGGUUGCAGGGGCUGUGUCCAUGAUUGUUUCCAAGGCCUUCUUGGUUGCUUACAAAGCUGAAGUGUUUUCCCAGAACCAUGUCUUGUCUACUCAGCCACAAGGGGACUUUGUUUGGCGGAUUGUCCUCAUGUUUGGUGCUGUCCCUGCUAUGCUGACCUACUACUGGCGGAUGAAAAUGCCGGAAACCGCCAGGUUCACAGCCUUGGUUAAGGGAAACCAUGAGAAGGCAGCUGUAGAUAUGGCAAAAGUACUUGAACAGGACAUAGUUGUAGAAGAAUCAAAACCGAAAAUUCCAGUAACUCCCAGCCCUUCAUACGGGUUGUUGUCCAGGGAGUUUGUUAAGAGGCAUGGUCUUCAGCUUCUAGGGACUACCAGCACCUGGUUCUUGUUGGAUAUCGCCUUCUACAGCCUUCAACUCACACAGAAAGACAUCUACCCUGCAAUAGGACUAGUACCAAAGGCCUCGACAAUGAAUGCAAUAGAGGAGGUGUACAAAAUCUCCAAGGCAAUGUUCCUGGUUGCCCUCUUUGCAACUGUACCUGGGUACUGGUUCACUGUCUUCCUCAUAGAUAGGAUUGGAAGAUUCAUAAUCCAGCUAGGCGGGUUCCUCCUGAUGUCCAUUUUCAUGGCGGUGAUUGGAUUUCUCUAUGAUGAUCUCAGAGGAGAUAAGGAAAAGUGCCCCAAGGAGUCAACCAAUGAAUUCUGUGAGGGUAAACCAUACUUGUUUGCAGUUUUAUAUGGGCUCACCUUGUUCUUUGCCAACUUUGGACCAAACAGCACAACCUUCAUUGUGCCAGCAGAGCUUUUCCCGGCCAGGUUCAGGUCGACGUGCCAUGGUAUCUCAGCAGCAGCAGGGAAAGCAGGGGCCAUUAUAGGGGCAUUUCUGGUGCAGAGUUAUACACAGAAUGUGGGUGGUAUCAAGAGGGCAAUUGUGGCUUUGUCUAUAGUGAAUUUGAUUGGGUUCUUCUUGUCUUUCUUGAUUCCAGAAACAAAAGGCAAGUCACUAGAACAACUCUCUGGGGAGGACCAGAAUGGAGGUGAUGGUGAAGGAGUCGUCAAAACAGAUGAAAAAGUUUAG